AAAGCCAGGGUUUACCGUUAUACCUGGCUAGAGCAUUAUUGAACAAGGUAUUGAACAUCUUCCUAUAGUUCUUAGGCCACUUAGGGACAACUUUUGUAUUUCAUUAAUUUUAAUUACCAGUAAGUGCAUCAAAUAUUGCUUGAGCAUCUUAAAAAGGCCUAUGGGGUCCCGGUCAUAGAGGUUUUAUAUUGUAAGCCCCGCAAAGCCCCGAAGCCGUUGUGCUCUGAACAUGUACAGUGUACACAGUCAGAGGACCCAAGGAAUCAACACGAGAUGGAAGAAGACAGAACAUUUUCUUUUUUUAUAUAACGUUAUUGAUAAUUGUUGUUUAUCUCUUAAACUCCAUAUACCGAAUGAGUGUUUGAGGCAGUUUAAACCUAUCACGGUAGUAUCGAAGAGUUUUUUUCUGUGACAGCUGCAGUAUAGACUGCAGAGAUGAAGUCCAAGAAGAAGAAGAGACAGGAUGACUUCCAGAAGGUGAAGUUAAAGGUGGGAAAGACGAAGCCCAAAGCUGAUAAUGCCACCAACACCAACUUCCGCUCAAAGGGAAUCCAUCUAACCGAACAGCUGAAGAGAGACACAAGUGGCCCCACCACACACAGACACCUUGGUAUCAAUGACCUCCUGUCUCAGCUCCACCAUUACAGUCCCAAUGUGAAACAUAGUGCCUUGCUGGGUUUGAGAGAGUUGCUGUCCGUUAAUCCCUCUCUGUUAGAGCAGCAUCUCUCUCGCCUGCUUUCUGAAGUGGCAGCUGUUUUCACAGACAAGGAAGGCAAUGUUCGUGUGGCAGCUACACGUGUGCUCAGGUUCAUUGCACAGUCUGUGCCUGCAGAACGAGUGGCUCCAUUUUUCCCCCUCCUCAGUGCCCACCUUACUUGUGCCAUGACCCACAUUGAGACAGGCAUCCAGGAGGACGCCAUGAAGGUCCUUGAUGUGUUGCUGGAGCACUACCCUGCUCUGCUAGCAGCGCGGCCUGCAGUACUCCUUACUAACUUCCUAGAGUUGAUCUCUCAUAGACAAAGCAGUGGAGGAGCCAAAAAGGCCCAGGAUGCUAAGGGACGGACCUGGGCACUGUCAGUCAACCCUAGCAGGGCUGUGACUAGUCAGCAGUGGCGGCUCUCUGUGCUCCUCAGGCUUGGACGCUUUCUGCAGGCAGUAGUUGAGGAAAGACCAGUGGAAAGUGAUAUUUUUAUUCCAACGGAAGGAGUGUUUGGCUCCAGUGGAGAUGGCAGGCUCACACCUCUGUAUCUCAACUGGGAAGAGCUCACGUACAGCAAGGUCAGGGUAAAAGUGUAUGAGCAUUCUGGGGCCAAACCAACUCCACGGUCCACCUUUAGACUCAGACCGUAUGUGGACCCUGGACUCGCAGUGGGUGAGGGUCUGGACUCAGCUGAGGCUGUUCAGAGCUUUGCAGCCACACUGGUGCCUCUUUUGCUAGAAGUGUGGGUAGAAGCCACUACCAGUGACUGUCCCUGGAACACCACUGAGGGCGCUCACCUGCUCACCCCAGAUGCCAUGUCAGUAAUGUUCCAGGUGUUGUCUAUUCUGCAGCUGCUGAGAAAACUGGCACCACAGCAGGAGCACCAGGAUGCACUGGAUGCAUGGUUCUAUAAAGAAUAUCUGGGAGAUUUUAAGCAGCACUUCAUAAAAAACUUUCCCUAUGGUACUCGGGACACACCCAAACAUAAAAAGAAGGUUGAUCUAAAAAGGAGUAAGCAGACUGCUGCUGUCCCAGGAUUGACAGUGGAGCCUCUGGCCCUAAACAUCACACUUUGCCAGGUCAUGGUGUCCCUCAGCCAGAGGCAAGGACUUGGUCGAGAGACAGAUGGAGACUGGCUAACACCUCUGAGGACGUUUGUCCGAGACACUCUGGGCAGCGGAGUGAAACUGAGCUAUAGGCAGCUUCACAUGCUGCUGGGUACUGUGUGGAAGAUGGUUCUCACACAGAGAAGCAAAACAGUGACAGAGGAGCUGAUGGCAGCGGUGUAUAUCUACUAUAAGCAAAUGAACCUGAAUCUACAGACACGAUCCCUGCUGCUGUCUUUCUACAGCAAGCUCUACCUGCAGGAGCAAGGACAUGCUCACAUAGCGAGGAGUAAAGUGCUGUGUCGAUGGUUGGCAUCUCUUCCUCUGCAGUUGUCCCAGCUGGGCCACCGUAACCCUGCUCUCUCUGAACAACUUAUCCUGUCCAUCCAGGCUGCCGCUUCUCGAAGACAUGAAGACCUGCUCAACAGUCUGCACACACACGCCUGCAGGCUUUACGAUCCACAGGAAGGCGUUGUGGUGCUGUUACCAGCAGAGUCCCAGCAACGAAUGGUGCAGCUGCUCUACUUUCUACCCGAGAUGUCCCAGUCUCUUCUGGCCAAUCUGAGCUGCUGCUGCACCACUGGACGAUUCUCUGCCGGCCUCGCUGCCUCUCUAAUUCGUAUCGUACACCUUAGGUCAUCCCUGAGUGGCUGGUCUGUCGGGAGCCAGGAAGCGGCUCUGCAGGACGUGGACUACAUCAGCUUCUUGUUCUCCACCCUGACAGGAUUCUCGUCCGACAAGCUCACCUCCAUGCAGGAGGCCGACGACGAGAGCGUCCUGCCUCCCUCCCCUCUCUCACCUCUCAGCAUCUACCCCACCCCGCUGGAGCACUUCACACACCACUGGGAUGUUGUUGAGGAAGUCUGCCACUGUCUGGAAACUCUGGGUUCAAAGUCUCAGUGCUUUGACAUCUUACAAAAUGGCAUUUGCAAACACCUGACCAAGCUGGGGGUGGUGCCUGACAGUAUGGCGGCCGGGCUGCUCAGAGCUGUAUCCAGAUUACUGGACCUGUCCGUCCUGCCCAUUGAGCCCGUGCUGCGCUUCUUGUCUCUGUGCUGCCUCAGCCUGCUGGCUCUGCUCAUCACCCUGGAGCAGGAGUUACCUGCCGAAACCAACCACAAAAGGGAGGCAAUAUGGGGUGCUUGUGUGUCAGCGUUGAGCACCGUUCCUCGCCUGCUGCGAAUGGUUUUGCAGUUAAUGCGUGUUGGCGAUCUGAGCGAGGAGGAGCUGCCACAGCUCGGACAGAUCCUGUCAAUGCUGCUGCAGCACACGCCGCUCCACAGCCAGCUGCUGGCCAACACUGCUCUGCUGCAAGAGAUCAUACAAAACCUCACGAGGUAUUCCCGGGGUGCAACCAGGGAGCAGUGGUUGACAGACUUGCUCUACUGUUAUAGCGUCACCGUGGCUCAUGGGUCUUCCGCUCGCCGUGGAAACCUGAGCCUUCGAGACAUGUACUGACUGACGCACCCACCGGACCGACACAUGGUGUGUUGCUCAGUUCCCCUCUCAAACAUCUUACAGUGACUUUGAAACAAAAGCGAUUGAGUACAUACAACUACACUUUCAGACAGGAAUACAGUGGAGUGACAUGUUUUUUUUAUUGUGAGUGACUAUGAAUACUCUACAUUCUUGUUUUAAGAGCUCUAGUUUUUUCUGUCUUAAGCUGCCUCUUUAGCCUGGUAAUUGUCUGUCCUUCUUUUGCCUCUUUGGAGUAUUGUUGCCAAACGUUGUCCAGUACUUACAGGGGCACCUAGCGACUUUUGAUUUAAAAAAA